CACACACACUCACACAACCCUAGUAAUUCAAGCCUGAUUUCCAGCGAACGAGCAAGCAACAGACGGGAUGCCAAAAACUGAGGACCGGUGGAGAGGUUAUACACGCUGAAUAAGCCACUUGAAGAGAUAGCGGGGGAACCAGACGCACCAAAACAAGCCGAGAAGCUGCGCUCUUUCUCCGCGUCAACUUGCGUAUACUGUGCCAGAGUUUUAGCGGCAGUAUUGUUCUGACUUCACUCCAGAGGGGCCACUCCGAGGAGAGAGGACGCACACAAAAGGGAAAAGGAAAGGACUAACGAGUACGCUUUGUCGUUUAAAGUAAUGGUCCUGCGGUCUUAGAUCCUAGAUUUCUCUUUCUCUCCCUCUCUCUCUCUCCUCUCUGUUCUUUCUUUUUUUAUUUUUUGGUCCCGUCGGUUUGUGCCCCCUUUGUCGCCGCGAGAGAGUGGACUCGCCGGGGGUUUGAGGAACAGAAGCGGGCUGUCCACAUGGUCCAACCACUGGCGUGAAAGUUGACUUCUUCAGAAAACAAGAGAACAGGUGCCAGUGAUGAUGGUGGAAUCAGCCUCUGAGACCAUUCGAACCACGCCGUCCAACCAGAACGGAGUCAGCAGCCUCAGCAGCCAAUCGGAUGGAGGGGGAGGGAGAGAGGGCGGGUCUAAUGGAGACACGAACGGGGAGAUCAGCCCAGUUGACCUACUGCACCUGCAACAGCAACAGGCGCUCCAGGCAGCCAGACAGUUCCUCCUCCAGCAGGCCUCUGGACUCAACUCCCCCAGCAGCAACGAGGUCAAACAGAGUCCUGUGCAGGUGCCCGUGUCCAUGGCUAUGAUGAGUCCGCAGAUGAUCACUCCUCAGCAGAUGCAGCAGAUCCUGUCUCCCCCGCAGCUCCAGGCUCUGCUGCAGCAACAGCAGGCUCUCAUGCUACAGCAGUUACAGGAGUACUAUAAGAAGCAGCAGGAGCAGUUGCAUCUCCAGCUUCUGACUCAGCAGCAGCAGCAGCAGCAGGCUGGGAAGCAAGCAGCGAAAGAGCAGCUCGGCAGUAAGCAGUUGGCCUUCCAGCAGCAGCUGAUCCAGAUGCAGCAGCUUCAGCAGCAGCACAUCCUCAACCUUCAGAGACAAGGCCUGGUCCCCCUGCAGCCGACCGCCACCAUGCAGUCUCUGCAGCAAGCGAUGUGUCCGUCAGACCUCCAACAGCUGUGGAAGGAGGUGUCGGGGGUGCCGAGCAGCGAGGAGGCCCUGAAACAGGCCGAGGGCCUGGACUUGAGCACCAACAGCUCCAACUCUACCUCAGCCUUCCCCAAAGCUGCCAGUGCUCACAUCCCCCUGCACAGCCUGCCCAAUGGACAGAGCCACACCCCAAAGAGAGACAGAGCCAGACUGUUUGAGUGGAUCUCCUCCUUCACCAAGGCAGACAGCGGAGAUGACCAUGUCACACCUUACUCCAAAGGCAGCCAACCCCCCAGCAGCCAUCAUGAAGAGCACGCUGGCUCCCAUCCUCUCUACGGCCAUGGAGAGUGUAAGUGGCCUGGCUGUGAGGCUCUGUGUGAGGACAUGGGACAGUUCAUCAAACACUUGAACAAUGACCAUGCCCUAGAUGACCGCAGCACUGCUCAGUGCAGGGUCCAGAUGCAGGUCGUUCAGCAACUGGAGAUACAGCUGGCGAAAGAGAGUGAGCGACUCCAGGCCAUGAUGACCCACCUGCACAUGCGCCCGUCAGAGCCAAAGCCUUUUAACCAACCUCUGAACCUGGCUUCCAGCGGCUCUCUGUUAAAGCGGGAGAGCGAGGCCUAUCCAGAGGGUCUCCCCCACCCCCCCACCUCGGCUGCCGCCCCCAUCACCCCUCUGCGCCAGGGACCCUCGGUCAUCAGCUCCUCUAGCCUGCACACACACUCCCACUCACACACGCAUGCAGUCGGGCCCAUACGUAGGCGCAACUCUGACAAGUUCUGCACCCCCAUUGCCUCAGAGCUGGCUCAGAACUGUGAGUUCUACAAGAAUGCCGAUGUCAGGCCUCCCUUCACCUACGCCUCUCUUAUACGCCAUGCCAUACUGGAGGCCCCAGAUAGACAGUUGACUCUCAAUGAGAUCUACAACUGGUUUACACGAAUGUUCGCCUACUUCAGGAGAAACACAGCCACAUGGAAGAAUGCUGUGCGCCACAACCUGAGUCUGCACAAGUGUUUUGUUCGUGUUGAGAACGUGAAGGGGGCCGUGUGGACUGUGGACGAAGUUGAAUACCAAAAGAGGAGACCACCAAAGAUGACCGGAAGUCCCACUCUGGUGAAGAACAUGAUUUCAGGCCUGGGUUUUGGAUCCCUAAAUGCCAGCUACCAGGCGGCUCUUGCAGAGAGCAGUCUGUCCCUGCUGAACAGCCCCCCCCUGGUGACCCCUCCGUCUGCGGCCAGCCUCAACAUGCUGCAUGUGGGCCACGAUGAUGUCAGCUCCACCGUGGAGCAGGUCAACAGCAACGGCAGCUGCAGCCCCACACUCAGCCCCCAACAAUACAGCCACCCGGUGCAUGUGAAGGAGGAGCCCACUGAGGUGGAGGAAGACAGUCGGCCAGUCUCCCUCCUGGCCGGCGUCACUCACAGCCUGCCAUUGCCGAGCGACGAACGCGACCUGGAGGAGGAGCUUCCCACCGAGGAGCUGGAGUAGGAUUGGCCGAGACCGACCAGAGGGGCGGGACUUCAGUGGCAUCAAUCCCGAGCCCUCUCCUCAGUGUGAAGAGGAAAAGAUAGCUACAUGUAAAAGAAAAGAGAGAAGAGAAAAAAGAGAAUGUUUUUUUUUUUUGUUGUUUUUUAAAUGAAAAUGCAAGCAACCGAAAACAACGCUGAGAAACUCCAAACAGGGUUAGAUGACCUCCGUUACUUUCAGACGCAAAAACAAGACUGUGGAGCAUUGCUUUAACUCCAUGUGUUUCCUUUCCAACACUUGGCUCAAAGGUGUAACACCACUCAACACACACACACACACACACACACACACGCACACACUUGCACACUCAUUCACUUACACAAAAAAUGUGUCUCCUCAUCCUCCUUUACCCCUGGUAAAAGCAGCCUCUAUCUAGAGACUCCCAGGGGUGCAGACACACACUCUUCCCCCUCGCCCCUGCACUCUGCACACACCCAUCUCACUGUUAUCUAGGCCUGCCUGGCUCGCCGCUUUAUUUCUGCACCAGUUGAGUUGACAUACAGCUGUGUCGGCACGUGUUAGAAGGAGAAGAGGCGCACACACAAAAACAUGCACACACACACGCACAUAUACAUCGGAUCAUGUGUAUAUAGAUUUGGAGCAGUCACCAGGGGCUGUGCAGUAUACCUCUCCUCCUUCUCCCCUUUGAGUCUAUCACUUGCUUUUUCAUUUUCUUUGAUUUGCGUGAAAAGAAACUGUUGGGCUUUGAGAUGGAAGACAGGAAGGAAGGACGAGUGCUCUCAAAGAUUACCUCAAACAGUGCUCCCCCACUUCUGCAGAGCGGGCUCCCCGUCUCCACGUCGGUCUGUGAUCCCCCGGUGAGGCUGACCCCGAUGCAGAGGGCGACCUCCAGAGGCGCGCCCCCCCCCCACCAACCCCCACCCGAUUCCGGCCCAACUUCUGCCCCCCAGCAAGACACUUAGACACAGACAUCUUUUACUCUUUAACUCUUUCCUUCUAACUGAGAAAAAAAGAAGACAUUUUCCUACAUACCCCCCUCUAACCCUCGUCCUGCCCCCCGCCCCGCCCUCGUCACCCCAAAAAGACUGCAGGAAUAGGACCAUUUGGUGCUGUUCUUCUCCUCUCCUCUAUCUGCGGAUGGAGUGAUGAGGUCAGAACACUUUGAGAAAGACAAGAAGAAGAGAGAAGGCAGAGAGAGAGAGAGAAAAGAGGGA